GUGCUUCCAGCAGAGUCGUGUCCUCUAACACAUUGUUAGGGCAGGGUGAGGCAGCUGCCUGUUAAAAGCUGGGAAAGGAGCCAGCGCUCAGAGGGCUUCUGUGGUUGGAAGAAGGGGAGAGAGCCCUCGCAGUGAGCCAGGGACACCGUGGGGACCGGCGCUGGUGCUGCUGCUCACGCAGCGAGGAGGGCAGGUGUGUCCUUGGUGGAAUGAAGUCUCACUGCCACCUUUGGCUAUGGGCAUUAUUUGUCCUCCUGGCGGCCCCAUGGGUGCUGGAUGCACAGGGAGCCUGCUCCCAUGGCGCCUGCUACCCCCCCGCCGGAGACCUCCUCCUGGGACGAGCCCACCUCCUGAGAGCAUCCUCCACAUGCGGCCUCUCCAGGCCUGAGACGUACUGCACACCCCAUGGAGAGUGGAGCAUGAGGUGCUGCCGGUGCGACUCGCGGCUGCCACAUGCCUACAACGGCCACCGUGUGGAGAACGUCCUGUCCUCGGCCGGGCACUCGCGCUGGUGGCAGUCCCAGAAUGGCAUCGAGCGCGUCUCGUUGCAGCUGGACCUGGACCAGCCAUUCCAGCUCGGCAGCAUCCUGCUUCACUUCAGGUCACCUCUGCCCGCUGCGAUGCUCAUUGAGCGCUCCACUGACUUCGGUCAGACAUGGGACGUGUACCAGUACCUGGCCUCCGACUGUGCCACCGCCUUCCCUCAUGUCCCCCAGGGCUCCCCCGAGAGCUGGCAGGGUGCUCGGUGCCAGGCGCUGCAGGGGCACCCUGUGCAGGGGGGCAAGGUGAAAUUCAGUGUCCAAGACCUGGCAUCUACCAUCACUACCUCUUACAGCCAGACCAUCGAGAAGCUGGGGCAGUUCACGAACCUGCGCAUCAACCUCACCGGGCUGCCCCACAUCCCGCGCCAGGGCUACCACUCGCCCAGCACCUUCUAUGCCUUGUCUGAGGUGCAGGUGCUGGGGAGCUGCUUCUGCCACGGACACGCCGACCGCUGUGCCCCUGCAGGAGACCCGCACACCACACAGGUCCACGGGCACUGUGUGUGUCAGCACAACACUGCUGGUCCCAACUGUGAUCGCUGCGCUGCGCUCUACAACAACCGGCCAUGGGCACCCGCUGAGGACAACGAUCCCCACGAGUGCCAGAGAUGCGACUGCAAUGGGCACUCGACUUCGUGCCACUUUGACCCCGAGCUGUACCGUGCCAGCGGCGGGGCGAGCGGCGGCGUCUGUGACAACUGCCAGCACAACACGGAGGGCAACAACUGUGAGCGCUGCAAAACCCACUAUUUCCGCAACCAGCAGCAGGAUCUCGCACAUCCCGAAGCCUGUCUGCCCUGUGAGUGUGACCCGGAUGGCACCGUGCCGGGCUCCAUCUGCGACCCGCUGACGGGGCGCUGUGUCUGCAAGGAGAACGUGCAGGGCGACCGCUGCCACCUCUGCAAGCCAGGGUUCUCCCAGCUGGCCAACGCCAACCCCAUGGGGUGCCGCAGAUGCACCUGCAAUGUGCUGGGAACACGGCAGGACAUGCCCUGCGAUGAUGAGACAGGGAGGUGCUUCUGCCUGCCCAACGUGGUGGGGAACGACUGCGACCAGUGUGCGGGCGAGCACUGGGACAUGGGCAGUGGCCACGGCUGCCAGCCCUGUGGCUGCCACCCGCAUGGCUCCCGCAGCCCUCACUGCAACCAGUUCACAGGACAGUGUCCGUGCAAAGAAGGUUUCACAGGACGGACGUGCUCUGCUGUGCAGGAGCAGGUUUGCCCUGACAGGCACUACGGAGACAUCCGGGUAGGGUGCACAGAGUGCAACUGCGACUUCCAGGGCACGGAGGACGUGGGCUGCGACAAGACCACAGGCCAAUGCCUGUGCCGCCCGGGCGUCACGGGCUCCCGCUGCGACCAGUGCCAGCGCGGCCACUGCAGCACCUACCCCGGGUGCGAGCUGUGCCACCCUUGCUUCCACACCUACGACGGGGACAUCCAGCGCCUGCGCCUGCGCCAGGCCGGCCUCAGCAAUAGCACCUCAUGGCUGCGUCCCAGGAGCGGGGGGUCCCGCCUGGGCCCCCGCCUCUCGCAGGCAGAGGGCAACGUGCAGCAGGCUCAGGGCAUCCUCGGUCGCUUUGCUGUGACAGAGCAGGGCCUGGCCCAGGUGGGCAGCGCGCUCACUGCCAUCAGAGAGCAGGUCCAAGGCAUAAAUCCUGACCUUCAUUUUCUGGAUGAGACUGCCUCUCUAUCGAGGGAGCUUGAGGCGCUGAACAGCAGCUUGCUUAUCACUAACACCCAGUAUCAGAGCAAGAAGACCCAGUUUGAAACCAGCCGCAGCACGGAUCUGUCAGGAGCCUUCAAGACGAUCAGAUCUGCUUACCAGACAUCCACCAAUGCCAGCAACCUCAUCGCUGGUGCCUCUGGGCUGCUGGCUGAGAACCAGGAGAGCCGCCGGAGCGCUGCAGGGCUGGGGGGGGGCCUGGCAGAGGCCACCUCCAAGCUGCUGACCCUGAAGGGCGAGAUAGCCUCAUCUCCCAACCUGACCCCUGUCAUAAACAAGAUCUGUGGUGGCUUCCGAGUGGAGCCCUGCACGCCCGCCCGGUGCGAGGGGCUGCUGUGCCCGCGGGACAACAGCAGUGCCUGCGGGGCCGGCCCCUGCCAUGGCAUCUUCCCGCUGUCCAGGGGGGCCCUGGCCACCGCCGGGGAAGCUGCCAGGGAAUUCCGCGGCCUGAGCGCCCGGCUCCGGGAGACGGCACAGUUGAUUAAAACAACAGAGACAUCUGCAAAGCAGAUUCAAAGCAACACUCGGAGGCUCGUGGACCAGAUGAGCAUAACACGGACUCAGAUAGAAGGAGACGUGCGGCGCAUCCAGCAGUUCAUCCAGCAAGUCCGAAACUUCUUGUCAGACAAGGACACGGACCCUGCCACUGUCCAGGAAAUCAGUGAGUCUGUCCUUUCCCUGCGUCUCCCCACGGAUGCUGCUGCAGUCCUGAGAAAAAUGACUGAGAUCCAAAACUUGGCGACUAAGCUGCAGUGCCCGGAGAGCAUCCUCGCCCAGACGGCUGAGGACAUCGCAAAGGCCAAGCAGCUUCAGCAGGAGGCAGAGCAAGCCGGGAACCGGGCGAAUGCUGUGGAGGGCAACGUGGAAGAUGUGGUUGGGAAUCUGCGGCGAGCAAACACGGUGCUUCUGGAGGCCCAGGGUGCUAUCAGGGGCUCUGGCUCUUCCCUUCAGUUCAUCCAGGAGCGCGUUAAUGAGAUCGAGGCUGUUCUGGGUCCAGCCGAGAAGCACGUGAAGGCGGUGGCGGGGCAGCUGGAUGGGCUGAUGCAGAGGCUGUCGCAGCUGCGGCGCGGCGCGGAGCAGAACCGCCUGCGGGCCACGGACACACGGGCCACGGCCACAGAGGCGGGCGAGCAGGCCAGGGCCGCGCAGCAGGCUUUUGAACAAGUGAAACAAAUGUACGCUGAGCUGAAGGGAAGGAUGGAGCAGAGCCCAGCAUUGGGAGAGCAGGGCAGCAGGGUGCAAAGCAUAGACCUGGAGGCACAGGCCCUGUUUGAGGAAACGAUGGCCAUGAUGCUCAGGAUGGAAACUUUAGAGAUGGAAAUUCAGGAAAGCAACAAGGCUUUGAUGUCCAAGUCAGCCAGGCUGUCGGGCCUGGAGGAGCAGGUCAGAAGGAUCCGGGAUGCCAUCAACAAGCAAGUUGCCUACUAUGAGAGCUGCUCCUGAGUGAGCUGCCCGCGCUCCCAUGGCACUGCCUCCCUCCUCUGCAGACUCUGGCUGGUGUAUUUAUUCCCAUUUUCUGGCUGGAGUUCUCAUGUUCUCCCAGCAUCUCUACUUUUAGCAAACUGAGUUUAUUUCCCUCUGGAAAAUAGCUGCACUGAGCCAAAGGAGCAACCCCAUGGAGAGGGUUAACCUUGGCUGGGCUGGUUGGAGCUGCCUGGUGGUUGGAGGAAAAGAGGGAAAGACAUCGAUCUUCUAUGGCAAAUAAAACAUCCCCAAAGUUGUUAUUUCCAGAGGGGUUUAUAAACCAAGAAA